AUGGAGCACAAAUUCAAUGUUAUUCAUUAACACCUUUUUUAUUUUUCAGUUUGUAGUAGAAAGAGGUCCUAAUUAGAUUUUUUCUUUUGGACUUCAAUUACCUUUCUCAUAUAUUAACAGACAAACAUCAUUCAUUCAUUCAAUUUAAGUUUCCAGAAAUCUUAGAAUUAGAAAUAGAAAUUAAGGAUUGACAAAAAUGUAUAAACUAAAAUUCUCAACAAUUAUGAAAAUAAUUUUAUUUAAAUAAAUUAAAUAUUUUUUUACCCUCAAUUUAGUCCCAUUAAAUAUAAUCUCAGCGUGUCUUUUAUUUCUUCUUUACAAAUCUUAACUUAAUCUAAUAGUCCCAGAUAUUAAUAAUAUAUAUUACUCAACUAAUGA